ACUUUCUUCUCUACCUUGUCAUAUGCAAAUGAUAACACGAAAUGUCAUCAAAAGCUGUUUGGCUAGAUUGUGAUCCAGGUCAUGAUGAUGCGAUAGCAAUGCUAUUGGCAUUCUAUGGUAGACAACAAGCAGGAACAAAAUCAUUAGACGUUUUAGGUAUUUCAACCACACAUGGAAAUGCAACCGGACUUCAUACAUAUACCAAUGCCGUAAAAUUAUUAACGGCAUAUGGAAUCAAACCAACACAAUGCAAAGUAUGGAGAGGAUCAGAUGGACCGAUACUACGAAAAGGAAAGGUCGACGUAGGAAUACAUGGAAAUGAUGGUUUGGGCGGAGUGGAAUGUUUGCCGGACUUGAAAGAUGCAAAUGUACAAGAACAUAUACGAGCUACAUCAAAAGAUCAAUUGGACGGCAAUGGAAUGCCACCAGCAGAUCCUUUACGGUUGGUACAACAUCAGAUAAGCAUACUUGAAGAACGAAGAAGGCAAGGCUUACCACCUAUUUCCCUAAUUGCUACCGGACCUCUAACGAAUAUAGCUUUGUUGAUCAAACUGUGUCCUGGAGAUGGAAGUUUGUUAACGGAAACAGUCGAGCAAGUCGUUUUGAUGGGAGGAUCGGCUGGAAUGAGUGGAAACAGAAGUCCACUAGCAGAAUGGAAUAUUUACGUUGAUCCUGAAUCCGCUUCGAUCGUAUUUGAUUCUAAACUCAAAGUAGUUAUGGCAGGGCUGAAUGUUACUCAUCAAGCAAUCCUUACUCCUUCUUUACAUACCACUCUUUUAAACAAGACUAAAUCUUCUCCGAUUCGAAAGUUGGUCUCUUCUGCAAUCACUUUCUUUGCUGAUACAUAUGCUUCCGAAUUUGGAUUUAUACAUGGUCCGCCAAUUCAUGAUGUUUUAACAGUUGCUUACGUCUUAGAUCCAACUUUAUUUUUCUCUCUUGAACCAAGAUUCAAUACACCUCAACUUAUCGAUCAAAGCUUUUCCACUCAACCAAAGAAGGUACCAAGUCAACGCUUCAGAGUGCAAAUUGAUACGAGUCCUUCUGAUACUACUGCUGGAACGACCAUCGUUGAUUUUUAUCAACAAUGGCCAAUAGAACAUCAAGGUUGGCAUGCUGGAGGAAAGAAUGCAGUUGUAUUAGAGUAUGUUGAUACAGAACGACUCUGGAAACUUUUAUUUGAUGCAGUAGAUCAUGCUGAAGAUGUCUUAUCAAGGUAAAACAUGCUUACCACCUUUGAAAUUCUAUCAAUU